AACAUCCUGCUGGACAGGGCGCUGCGCCCCCGGCUGAGCGACUUCGGGCUGGCGCGGGCCGGGCGGGGCCGGGCGGGGAGUGGGGGGCUCAGCGCCAGCCUGGGCCGGACCCACACGGUGCGGGGCACCCUGGCCUACCUGCCCCCCGAGUACGUGCAGAGCGGGGCCCUGUCCCCCUCCAUCGACACCUACAGCUACGGGGUGGUGCUGCUGGAAACACUGACGGGGAGACGGGCCCUGGAGACAGAUGGACAUGGACGGACAAAGUUCCUGAAGGAUCUGGUCGCGGAGGAGGAGGAGGCGGCUGAGGGCGGCGAGGGUCCCGGGCGAGCGCAGCGGGCGGCGACGGGCUCUGGCCCGGACCAGGAUGCUCGGGCGACUCGGGUCGGCACCAGGAUCUUCCAGAACCACGUGGACUCGCGGGUCGGGCCCUGUCCGGAGGAGCUGGGCACGGCGCUGGGCUGCCUGGCGACCCGCUGCCUCCACAAACGGAGCAAACGGCGCCCGCCCAUGGCCCAGGUGUACGAGGACCUAGAGCGGCUGCAGAAGUCUCUGCCCUGGGAUCCCCCCUCGACCUCCUGGGGGGACUCGCUCCCCAGGACCCCAGGGCUGCCCCCCAACCAGCCUGUGGAGAGCGAUGAGAGCCUGUCGGAGGAGGGGGGCAGCUGGUUGGGCGUCGCCCCGUCCCCACAGCCCCCGAUUCACAUCAACCCGGCCCGGCAGCGCAUCAUGGAGCGGCUGGCGCUGUACCAGCAGGGGGCGCUGGACAGCCUGGGGGUGCUGGCCUCCGAGCUCCCGGCAGGGUCGGCCCCCCGCCUGCCCGAGGAGAGCGACGAUUUCGAGCCCUGAGCUGGACGGACGGACACGGAAGGAUGAAGUUCUCAUCGGUGGGGGGGUGAGCCCCACCCCGAAACGCACCUCCUGGCUGCUAGAACCCACCCUCGAGCCUGGGACCCAGACGUCCGGGGAGGCGACUUUGAAUGGAGGGGGAGACAUGGUACCUGCUCUCCUCCCCCAGCCCCUGCAAUGGACAUGGGACCCAGGCGUCCGGGAAGGGGCCUUUGAACUGAAGGGGGGGGUGUCACCUCGGUGCCCACUCCCCUGCACACGGAGCCCCCUUGCUGCAUGAGACUCAGGCGUCCGGGACACACAGACCCCCCAGCUCUCAGCUGUGAAGGUUCGUGUUUGCCGGAGCCCCACGGCUGGUUUCCCGGGGGUGGGGGCCCGGAACUGUCAAUGGGAAAAAUAAAAUAUUUUAUAUAUUUUUAA